CGGAGCAGGCGGCGGGGCCGGGGGCGGCCGGCCAGACCAUCCCCGUGGAGCCGCGCCUCGGAGCCGCCAGCAUCCCCGGGGAGCCGCGCACGGCCGGGGCAGCCCCGCGUCCCCCUGCCUUUCAGAUAACCUCCGCCGCUCGGGCCUGCGGAGCCGCACCGGGCACGGAGCGGGGGCUGAACCGGGACCCCUGCCCGGGGCCAGCGCAGCAAGCACGAAGCUGAGCUGGGGACAGAGGCACCAGGGACCAAGGGGACAAGGUGUGUGGUGUCCUGGCCGCAGCCAAGGUGAGCUGUCCUCUGGCACGGGAUAUGCCCUGAGCCCCUGCCCUGUGGGAGCUGCCGGUGACUGCAAGUGGGAGAGCCAGGAAGUCAGAGCAAAGGAAUUUGCAAACACAUUCUUCAGCGCCACGAGGAUCCCACUGCAUGUAAACAGGAACAGAGGCCGGCCUGGGGCGAAGUGAGAGCUGCCUCCAGUUCUGCAAGAUCCUCCCUGGACUCACCUGCCCUGGGCAGUGCCCAGUGCCACCAUCCGCAAAUUACCAUUCCCGACUGCAGCUGAUCUGCUGUGGGAAGUGGCAGCGAAGGCGAAGAGGAGGGCUGCUGAGUGACUGCCAAUGUCACGUUAACAUCCCAGCAAGGCUGCGGGGAGCCGGAGCUUUCAUCACCCACCCAAGAGCAUCUCGAGGCAGGCAGGAUGCCACUGUGAGCCCUGCCUUCUCCUGCCUGCCCCAGCCUUGCACCUGGCACCCUCGGGGCUGGCUGCAGAAGAAGGGCGCAGGGUCCGCUGGCACUGGCCCAUCUCCCCAGGAUGCUCUCCCGCGCCAGCUGCUGCUCCCUGUGCUCCUGCUCCGUGGCCAGAGCGAGAUUGAAAGCUCAGCAGGCUGCCAGCAUGUUUUAGCCUCAUGCAGGCGUCCUUCGGAGACCCCAGAACAGUGGACAGUAAUGUGAAAACGAUACUCAUGUCGUGUCUGAAAGGGCAACAGGUCAUCAUUAAAAUGGAGGCGAUGAAAAUCAUCCACCCGGAGAAGUUCUCGGAGCUGCAGGGGUCACAGCCGCGCUACGCGCCCGCCCCGCGCCGCGAGCCGCCCCUCGUGGCCAAGCGUGCGUGGCCCUCCGAGUCCGAGAUCAUCGUCAACCAGGCGUGUGGGGACAUCCCCGCCUUGGAUGCCACCCCUGGGCCCCUGCCGCUGCCCCGGACUCCUCCCCUGCCGCGGCGCGAGCGUGGCUACCAGGGCCAGCGCAAGGGCAGCUCCGAGGUCUGCUACCACCGGCAGCCGCCGUCGGACGAGGUGAUCGUCAACCAGUAUGUGCUGCACCCCUCGACGCCCUGUGAGCCCUUAGAGUGCCCCACCUGCGGCCACAUGUACAACUUCACCAACAAGCGGCCCCGCAUCCUCUCCUGCCUUCACUCGGUGUGCGAGGAGUGCCUGCAGAUCCUCUACGAGUCCUGCCCCAAGUACAAGUUCAUCUCCUGCCCCACCUGCAAGCGGGAGACCGUCCUCUUCACUGACUACGGGCUGGCAGCGCUGGCCGUCAACACCAGUAUCCUGAACAGACUGCCGGCCGAGGCCCUGGCUGCCAACCCCGUCCAGUGGAGCAGCGACACCGACCGCAGCUGCUACCAGACCUUCCGCCAGUACUGCGGGGCCGCCUGCACCUGCCACAUCCGGAACCCGCUGUCCUCCUGCACCAUCAUGUGAGCCCUGCGCCCCGUCCGCCCCUCCGCAGCGGGGGCAUGGCAGGCCGGACAGCGUGGCCAGCGCCAUGGCCAGUCCUCUGUCCCCUCCCUGCCAGUGGCACCACCAGGGAAUGCUCUAAUACUCACCACGGCCGAGGAUGUGGGACCGGUGUCCUCGCCGGCACUCGUGGGAGGCAGUGGGGGUGCUGGGACCUGCAGCAGCCCCCUACUCACCAGCGGUGCACGGGGAGAGGGACACUGGCAUGGGGAGCACAUCUACCAGAGCAUCCGGGGUCUGCGGCUGCUGCCCUGGCCCUGCGGCGGGCGCUCCUGUGGUGCAUCGAGCAUUGCACCAUGCUCCUUCCCCGUGCGCCUCUCCCUCCUCUCUCCCCAGCUCUCCCAGGAGCAGAUGCUGGGCUCUGGCCGGAGUGACGCCCUCCCCAUCGCCCCACGGCCGGCAGCAGCAGCACAAGGAGCCCUGGAAAUGCAUGGUGCCACACUGGGCCACUCACCCAGCACAGGAAGUGAGGACAAGUCCCCAGCUGCCCCCUCCACCCCUCUCUGUAAGUUAUUUGCCAAAGCUUUCAUCUCAGUGGCCACGCUGCCAUGCGCCCGAGUCUCAGUAGCCACACCAAGCUGCCACACCGGCCCCUCAGAUGCCAGCAGACAUGAGGCCCAUGUCCUCCGCAGGCCCUUGAGGAAAGCUCCACUUUGUCCUCGUUUUGGAGGAUUCUUGUUUUUCCCCAUCCAUCCCUAGCCACCCCAUCCCAGGCCACUACGUGUUCACAAAGGCAUUGAGCUGUGCCCAUUCUCUGCCCCUCUGCCCGGGACCCACACCGAUGCCCUAUGGGAUGGCUCAGGAGGGUGGCACGGGGUCCAGUACCCCAAAUUGCUGACUCCAGCAAGGGGAUUUGACUGGGUAGGGGGACCGAGAUCUGGCUCCUGCCCACAGUCCCUUCCCCAGAGCAGCACCUCUGCCCUGACCCCUGUGCAGAGGGGCUGGCAGGGCAGCAGACCCCUGUGCACAGUCUUGCUUUCUCCAGAGCACCUGGAGGGGUAAGUUUGCUGCCAAAAAACAAAAAAAAAACAAACCAAAAAAAAAAAAAACUAAAUAAAGAAAAAGCCAUAGUUUUGGGUGCUCCCAUGGGGCUGAGCACCACAACCGAGCAUGGCCACGGCACCAGGGGCACAUGCUGCCCAGUCCCAGGGUGCUGGGGCUGGGUGAGCCUGAGGGGUCCCAGAACCUACAUCCUGGAGGAUACAGCAGCCCCUGGCACUGGCCAAAGCCCAGCAUCCAUCCAGGGAGAGGGGCCAGUCCAUGCCCUGUGCUGUCCCGAGGGAGUGGGCGAUGCCACUGGCGCAGCCCCAGGACCGUUCUCGCUCCGUCAGGGAACGGCGCCGGUACCGUGUCUGUGUUGCUCUGCCAAUGCCUCCUGCUGCUGGUUGUGACCAUGAUCAUGUUUUAUACCCGGCCUUGUUCUGACCCCAUCAGUCUCCCCAAUAAAGAUUAUAUUGGAACGAA